AUGGGUAGACCUUCCGACCCCCCACCCAGCUACCGGGACGACCCAGACGCCGUCUCCCUCCACACCACCCCCGACGACUACACCUACGACGAUGCGCCUGAAAUCUCCGGCCUUCCGCCUUCCUACACCGACAGCGAAGCAGGUACCAGCAAUGUACCCGCAUCCUUGAUCCCCAUCCACCACAUCGCGCCCCCAACCACAUCAACGAACCACGCCAAACCCUCUUUCAAGAACGGAAACCCCGUCGUAAACACCACGAUAAACGUCCAAGACCCACUCUACGACAACGACCCCGCCGCUCUCGAAAACUCCAUCCGCCUCCUUGCCGAAGCCGCCCCAACACCCCUCAUCUACAUAAUGGGCACGCACCGCGAAACCACCAAGAAGAAUAACGAGACCAAGUCGCGCACCAUAACUGACUUCCGUCUUGUCAUAAACCUGUCCAAAUACAUCCAUGCGCACUACAUUGCCAACAACUUCGGCACCAUGUCCCUCACGACAGCUGAGAACAGCGAGAAAACGCACCGCGGCACGAUUCUCAAGUGUAGGGCACCGGGCGCAAAGCAAGAUAUUGAGGUGGGCGGGACUCAGAAACCGAGCUUGACGGAGUGGUGCCAUAGAUACUGCGCCUCCCCACGCGCACUUCGUAUCUUCCGUGUGCGGCGCGACGUCACAGGUCUGGAUGAAGCAUACCUGCGCAGCCGCAUCGAAGGCAUAAUCCGAUCGACCAACUACCGCGGCAACAUCUCCAUAACCUUCCCUGUCGAAGACGCAAACGUCGAUUUCUACACGAGCCACCGUGUGAAUGCUUGGAGGCUGAAGACAUGGGUGCGAUGGAUCUUCUACUUGACCUUCCUGUGGAUCUUCAGUUGGCCUAUCUUGUUCUUCGCGACGCGGCGCUGGAGCGUCGUUAGAGCUGAAUGGCCAUUUUCACGAACGAAUAGUAUGGGGAGGAAGGAGUACACGACUAUUAGUGAGGGGGAGUGGAUGGGUGAGUGGCAUGUGGCGAUAAGGAGACUGGUGUUGGAGAGAUAUGAAGGCGAGGCGAGUGAGGAGAUGAUGAGGGCAGUUAUGCAGAGGAGUGAGGAUCCGCCUGUGCCUGGGACGUUUAGGAGUGGGCAUGUUGGUGUGGAUAAUGCGGUGGGCGUGCUGACGCAGGGGUUUCAGGUUGCGAGGGCAUUGAGUAAUGGGGAGGGAGUGGGGAGGGUUGGGCAGAGUGGGUGGGGGUAUGACUAUUGA